GCGCCGGGCUGGCCGAGCUCGGCUGCUUGUGGGCUGCUCCGGCGCUGAGGCGGCAACCGGGAGGCAGGGAGUGAGAGGCUCGCCUGGCGCUGUGCAACAUGGAGGAGCGGCCGGCCGCGGGCGUCGCCUGCGGACCCGACUGAGCCGGUGCUGAUUCCCCGGGCAGCCGAGGCGGCGCCGAGCCCCCAGGGCCGGGCAGCCUGCACGCUUCGGGGCGGACCCCGGCUGGCGGGGCUCCGGCGGCCGCGGGCUUCUGCACCGGGACGUGUCCCGCCGAGCCAUGGGCAACGAGGCGAGCUUGGAAGGGGAAGGGCUCCCCGAAGGGCUGGCGGCGGCCGCAGGCGGGGCUGGCGGCUCGGGGAGCGCCCUGCACCCCGGGAUCCCAGCCGGCAUGGAGGCGGACCUGAGCCAGCUGAGCGAGGAGGAGAGGAGACAGAUCGCUGCUGUCAUGUCAAGGGCGCAGGGGCUGCCCAAGGGAAGCGUCCCCGCGGCCGCUGCGGAGUCGCCUUCUAUGCACAGGAAACAAGAGUUGGAUAGUAGUCAGCCUCCCAAGCAACCAGGAAAGCCACCGGACCCUGGGCGUCCCACUCAGCCUGGACUCAGUAAAAGUAGAACUACAGAUACAUUCAGGUUGGAGCAGAAAUUGCCUGGAAGGAGUCCGUCGACUAUUAGCUUGAAAGAAUCCAAGUCUAGAACUGAUUUUAAGGAAGAAUAUAAGUCUAGUAUGAUGCCUGGUUUCCUCUCAGAUGUUAACCCUCUAAGUGCUGUCUCCUCUGUGGUAAAUAAAUUCAACCCUUUUGAUUUAAUAUCAGACUCUGAAGCAUCCCAGGAGGAAACUACACGGAAACAAAAAGUUGCUCAGAAGGACCAAGGAAAAUCAGAAGGAGUCACAAAACCUCUACAGCAGCCGUCACCCAAAUUGGUUCCUAAACAGCAGGGGCCAGUGAAGGAAGUGAUACAGCAGGACAGCUCUCCCAAGUCAGCAUCUUCCCAACAACCAGAGAAAAUAAAACCACAACCCCCCAGCACAGGAAAGCCUUCCCAGGCAUCUUCCCAGCCUCCACCAAUGGACCAGGCAAAGCUGCCUGUUCAAAGAGAUGCAGCCAGGCCUGAGACUAAACUUUCAGACACAGGAAAGCCUUCCCAGCAGAGUCCAGCCAAAACACCAGCUCAGCAAGCAAGUUCUGGGAAAGCUGGAGCCCCACAGCCUGGACCUGCAAAAGCAACAGUCCAGCAGCCAGGGCCAGCAAAGUCCCCAGCUCAACCAGUAGGGACAGGGAAGCCCCCAGCCCAGCCUCCAGUGACAUCCAAGCCUCCAGUGCAGCAGGCUGGAGUCGAGAAGACUUCAUCUCAGCAGCCUGGGACAAAGUCUCUCACUCAGACUCCUGGCCUUGGAAAGAUUCCACCAGGGCCAGUAAAGUCUCCAGCCCAGCAGAUAGGGACAGCAAAACUCCCAGCUCAACAGCCUGGCCCACAGCCUCUGGCUAAGUCACCUGGGCCUACAAAGACUCCAGCUCAGCAAUCUGGACCUGGAAAGAUACCAGCUCAACAGCCAGGCCCAGCAAAGCCUUCACCUCAGCAGCCCAUUCCAGCAAAGCCUCAGCCUCAGCAACCAGCUCCCACAAAGCCUCCACAUCAACAGCCUAUCCUAGCAAAGCCCCAGCCUCAGCAGUCCACUCCAGCAAAGCCCCAGCCUCAGCAGCCCACUCCAGCAAAACCCCAGCCUCAACAGCCCAGUCAAGCAAAGCCCCAGCCUCAGCAGCCCGCUCCAGCAAAACCCCAGCCUCAGCAGCCUAUGAAAGCGACAAGCCAAAUGGUAACUGGAAGACCUGUGCAGCCAACAUCUGCAGCAGAGAGUCCAGGACAAGGUCUCUCUAAAACCAUCUGUCCCCUUUGUAACACCACCGAACUUCUGUUGCACAUUCCAGAAAAGGCCAAUUUUAACACAUGCACUGAGUGUCAAACCACCGUCUGUAGCCUCUGUGGUUUUAACCCCAAUCCCCACUUAACUGAGAUCAAAGAGUGGCUCUGUUUAACCUGCCAGAUGCAAAGAGCUCUAGGAGGUGAGCUGGCUCCGGUCCCAUCCUCACCGCAGCCCAGUCCGAAGAAGGCUGCCUCUGUACCCCCUGCAGCAGCAGCCAGCAAAGCGCCUGUACCAUCACAGCCGGCUUCCCCGAAGAAGGACCCUCCACCCAGACAGGACGGCCCCAAAGCGCCUGUACCAUCACAGCCGGCUUCCCCGAAGAAGGACCCUCCACCCAGACAGGACGGCCCCAAAGCAUCUGUACCAUCACAGCCGGCUUCCCCGAAGAAGGACCCUCCACCCAGACAGGACGGCCCCAAAGCAUCUGUACCAUCACAGCCGGCUUCCCCGAAGAAGGACCCUCCACCCAGACAGGACGGCCCCAAAGCGCCUGUACCAUCACAGCCGGCUUCCCCGAAGAAGGACCCUCCACCCAGACAGGACGGCCCCAAAGCAUCUGUACCAUCACAGCCGGCUUCCCCGAAGAAGGACCCUCCAUCCAGACAGGACGGCCCCAAAGCGCCUGUACCAUCACAGCCGGCUUCCCCGAAGAAGGACCCUCCACCCAGACAGGACGGCCCCAAAGCGCCUGAGCAGAAGAAGCCUCCUCCGCCCCUGGUGAAGCAGCCAACCCUUCAUGGACCUGCCCCAGCCCCAGCCCCAAAGCCUCCAGUGGCAGAGGCCUUCCCUGAGCCAGCCCCUCCCAAGGAGCCUUCCGCACCCCUACCUGAACAAGCCAAGGCCCCUGUUGUAGAUGUUAAACCAAAGCAGCCCAAGAUGGCAGAGCCACACACAGAUGUCCAAUCUUCAGCAGCAGCAGCAGCAACAACAAAUCCUGAUAUUCUGAGUUCUCAGGCUCAGUCACGGGCUCAAGCGCAAACAGCCCCUCCUUUGAAAACAGACUCUGCCAAAUCCUCACAAAGUUUCCCACCUACAGGAGAAAAAAUCACCCCAUUUGAUUCUAAAGCCAUGCCUAGGCCUGCAUCAGACUCAAAACUUAUUUCACAUCCUGGGUCCAGUUCCGAGAGCAAGGAUCCAAAACAUGUUGAUCCAACUCAGAAGAAGGAAGAGCCUAAGAAAGCACAAACGAAGGUGAGUCCUAAACCAGAUGCCAAACCAGUGCCAAAAGGGUCACCAACACCCUCUGGCCCACGACCUCCAACUGGCCAGGCUGCACCCCCAUCUCAGCAGCCCCUAAAGCCUCAGGAGCAAUCAAGGCGUUUCAGUUUGAAUCUGGGUAGUAUCACUGAUGCCCCCAAAUCACAACCCACGACUCCUCAAGAGACUGUGACUGGGAAAUUGUUUGGGUUUGGAGUAUCCAUAUUUAGCCAAGCUUCCAACUUAAUCUCCACAGCAGGCCAGCCUGGACCCCAUCCACAGACUGGGCCUGUGGCCCCAACAAAACAACCCCCUACCCCAUCACAGACUCCUGCUGCUCAGGGACCACCCAAGUCCACAGGUCAGCUCCCACCAGCACCUGCCAAGGCAACACCUGUGAAGGAAACAAAAGCCCCAGCAGCUGAGAGCUUAGAAUCGAAACCUGAGCAAGUUCCAGCAGUGAAGAGGAUAGAGAAAGACAAGAAGGCCCCACCCGGUAAGGUCAGCAAACCUCCACCUGCUGAGCCUGAAAAGGCUGUGCUCACCCACAAGCCAGACAAGACCAAACCCGAGCCAACCUGUCCUCUUUGCAAAACGGAGCUCAACAUAGGCUCGCAGGAUCCUCCCAACUUCAACACCUGCACCGAGUGCAAGAGUCAAGUGUGCAAUCUCUGUGGAUUUAACCCAACACCCCACUUGACUGAGAUUCAAGAAUGGCUUUGCUUAAAUUGCCAGACGCAGAGAGCAAUAUCAGGACAACUCGGAGAUAUGGGCAAAAUGCCGCCUGUAUCACCAGGCCCCAAGGCAUCCCCUGUGCCUGCCCCUGUGGAGCCGUCAUCUCAGAAAACACCCGCAGGGGCCCAUGUAAAGGGUAAAAAGAAGGAAACAGAAGCAAAAACUGAAACGGAAAAACUUAUUCCAGAAAAAGAAACACCAUCAAUUGAGAAGACCCCUCCAAUGGCCAGCACAGAUCAAAAGCUAGAAGAGAGUAAACUAGACAAGAGCAAAGUUUCAACCUGGCAAGAGAAGAAAGAGCCUUCUGAAAUAGAGCAGCCACUCUCCGAAGAUAAAACCGGAAAGAAGCCACCUGCCCAAGAGAAGUCGGCACUUGCCCAAGAAAAACCACCGCUGGAAGGAAAGAAGCCAACCCCCGAAGAAAAGAGAUUACCCCCAGAGGAAAAGCCGCUGGCCUCGGAGGGGGAAGAGAGGCGUGACAUACUUGAAGCUCAGGUAGGCAUUCCCGAAGAGCGCACAGGAAGAGUGGCCGCUGCAAAAACAGUGGAGGAAGCCAGGCAGCCUGAGGCCGGGACUGCGGGUCUGCCAAGCGAGACUCCUCAGACUCUGCCCAAGGAAGGAGAGAAGGAAAGGGGAGCAGUGAAACCCCCACAGGUGGAAGGCGGUGGUGCCACGUCUGGCCAAGGGGAGCCCGGCAAAGAAAAAACAGAAAAGGAAGCGGACAGGUCAGACACCUCCAGUUCCCAGCAGCCCAAGAGUCCACAAGGUCUGAGUGACACGGGGUAUUCUUCGGAUGGAAUAUCAGGUUCUCUGGGUGAAAUUCCAAGCCUUAUACCAAGUGAUGAAAAAGAUUUGCUCAAAGGGCUCAAAAAGGACUCCUUCUCACAGGAAAGCAGUCCUUCCAGCCCCUCAGACUUAGCAAAACUGGAAAGUACAGUACUAUCCAUUUUGGAAGCUCAGGCAAGUACACUGGAUGAAAAAUCAGAAAAGAAAGCACAGCCCCAGAGAGUUUCUCCGGAGCAGUCUCAGGACCAGCAAACAACACAGAUUCCAUCUGAAACACUGGAUGUCACUAUUUCAGAAGAGGUCAAAGAGAGCCAAGAAAAGAAAGAAAGUUCAAAAAAGGAUAGCCAACAAGGCUUUCCUUCCAGGAAGGACCAUAAAGCAAAGCCGGAGCUAGCUGAUGACCUCAGCCCCAGAAGAGCAUCCUAUGAUUCAGUGGAAGACAGCAGCGAAAGCGAAAACUCCCCUGUUGCACGUCGGAAGCGGAGAGCUAGUGUUGGCUCAUCAAGCAGUGAUGAGUAUAAACAGGAAGACAGUCAAGGUUCCGGGGAAGAGGAGGACUUCAUUCGCAAACAGAUCAUAGAGAUGAGUGCUGAUGAGGAUGCUUCUGGCUCUGAAGAUGAUGAGUUCAUUCGCAGUCAGCUCAAAGAGAUUGGCGGUGUUACUGAAAGCCAGAAGAGGGAAGAGACAAAAGGGAAAGGGAGGAGCAUGGCAGGAAAACACAGGAGACUGACUCGCAAGAGUGGCGCUAGCUUCGAUGAUGACGCAGGGAGGCGUCAUUCCUGGCAUGACGAGGACGAUGAAACGUUUGAUGAGAGUCCUGAACUCAAAUUUCGAGAAACUAAAAGUCAGGAGAGUGAAGAACUUGGAGUUGCUGGAGGAGGAGGGUUACGUCGGUUUAAGACGAUCGAACUCAACAGUACAAUAGCAGAUAAAUACUCUGCAGAAUCCUCUCAGAAGAAAACAACUUUAUAUUUCGAUGAAGAGCCAGAAUUAGAAAUGGAAAGCCUGACAGACUCACCUGAGGACAGAUCUAGGGGAGAGGGAUCCUCUAGUCUCCAUGCAUCCAGCUUCACUCCUGGCACAUCCCCUACAUCAGUAUCAUCACUUGAUGAGGACAGCGACAGUAGCCCAAGUCAUAAAAAAGGAGAGAGCAAGCAGCAGCGCAAAGCUCGGCACAGGACACAUGGCCCCCUUUUGCCUACCAUUGAAGAUUCUUCGGAGGAAGAAGAACUGAGAGAGGAAGAAGAACUCUUAAAAGAGCAAGAGAAGCAGCGAGAAUUGGAGCAGCAACAACGGAAAAGUUCUAGUAAGAAAUCAAAGAAAGACAAAGAUGAACUUCGAGCUCAGAGAAGGAGAGAGAGACCAAAGACGCCGCCCAGUAACCUCUCCCCCAUUGAGGAUGCAUCUCCCACAGAGGAACUGCGCCAGGCAGCAGAAAUGGAGGAGCUCCAUAGGUCCUCUUGUUCUGAAUACUCACCUAGCAUAGAAUCAGACCCAGAAGGAUUUGAAAUAAGCCCUGAGAAAAUAAUAGAAGUUCAAAAAGUGUAUAAAUUGCCAACAGCUGUGUCUUUGUACUCGCCAACAGAUGAGCAAUCCGCUAUGCAGAAGGAUGGGGUCCAGAAGGCUCUGAAAAGUGCUGAGGAGAUGUAUGAAGAAAUGAUGCACAAAACCCACAAAUAUAAAGCUUUCCCAGCUGCAAAUGAACGAGAUGAAGUCUUUGAAAAAGAGCCAUUGUAUGGUGGUAUGUUAAUAGAGGACUACAUUUAUGAAUCUUUAGUAGAGGAUACAUACAAUGGAUCAGUAGAUGGCAGUCUGCUCACAAGGCAAGAAGAACAAAAUGGAUUUAUGCAGCAGAGAGGAAGAGAGCACAAAGUAAGACUCCCAGAGCAGAUUUAUGAUGAUCCUAUGCAGAAAAUUACAGACCUCCAAAAAGAGUUUUAUGAGUUAGAAAGCUUACAUUCUAUGGUGCCUCAAGAAGACAUAGUUUCAAGCUCUUACAUCAUUCCAGAAAGCCACGAGAUAGUGGAUCUGGGAACCAUGGUAACUUCUACCAGUGAAGAAAAGAAAUUAUUAGAUGCUGACACUGCCUAUGAGGAACUCAUGAGGCGGCAACAGAUGCAGAUAACAGAUGGAUCCAGUCCCACACAGACCACCAUUGGGGAUGACAUGGCCGAGUCCACUAUGGAUUUUGACAGGGUGCAAGAUGCAUCUUUGACAUCAAGUAUCCUUUCUGGAGCAUCUCUGACAGACUCAACCAGCAGUGCCACUCUCUCCAUCCCAGAUGUUAAGAUAACCCAACAUUUUUCAACAGAAGAACUGGAGGAUGAAUGUGUAACUGAUUACACAAGAGAGAUUCAAGAGAUAAUCGCCCACGAAUCACUGAUAUUGACCUACUCUGAGCCUUCAGAAAGUGCUGCAUCUGUCCCACCCUCUGACACACCUUCACUCACAUCAUCUAUUUCUUCAGUCUGCACCACAGAUAGCUCCUCACCUGUUACUACCCUGGAUAGCCUAGCCACUGCUUAUACAGAGCCAGUAGACGUAAUAACAAAAUUUGAAGACUCUGAGGAAAUUUCUUCAUCAACUUAUUUUCGGGGCAGCAUCAUAGACUACCCAGAAGACAUAAGUGUGUCUUUAGAUCAGACCAUCCCACCAGAAAGUAGAGCUAGUGCUGAUCAUAUUUUGAUUUCCUUCUCGAGUAUAGCACCGUCGGUCACAGAAUCUGUAAGUCCUAAUGCUGACAGGCCACAAGCAGACAGCGUGUCUACUGACUUACCUCUAUCUGAAAAGGAUCCAAUAAAAGGCAAGAAGGAAACUGGGGAUGGAAUUAUUCUAGAAGUUUUGGAUGCUUACAAAGAUAAAAGGGAAGAGUCUGAGGCUGAACUAACAAAAAUGAGCUUACCUGAAACUGGGUUGGUCCAAACACCUUCUGUAACAGUCCCUCAAAUGAAGGAACAAGUUUUCUCUCCAUAUUCUAUAUCUGGAAAGCUCCCUGGUCAGGAAAAGCCCACAUAUAGGUUACCAUCAGCUGGUCUUCCCGUUUCUACCCCUCCAUCUAAGUCUCGCCCCUUUUUCCGAAGUUCUUCUUUGGACAUUUCAGCCCAGCCACCCCCUCCUCCUCCACCACCACCUCCUCCCCCUCCCCCACCUCCUCCUCCCCCUCCUCCACCAUUGCCCCCAGCAACUUCACCUAAGCCAACCCCUUAUCCUAAAAAAAAGGUGGCAGUGGCCCCUCCAGUGACUCCAACGACGAUUGUUACCACCCACGUUGAUACUAUUACUCCAGUAGAGGCCACAACUGCUCGGAGGAGUGAUGGGGUAGCUGCAACCAAAAUCUGCACUGCUGCACCUCCUCCUGUCCCUCCUAAGCCUUCUUCAAUCCCAACUGGACUUGUGUUUACACAUAGGCCAGAACCAAGCAAACCCCCAAUUGCCCCCAAGCCAGCAGUUCCUCAGCUUCCAGUGACUACACAGAAAACAACCGAUGUAUGCCCCAAACCAACAGGUCUAUCUUUGACUUCAAGUAUGUCCCUAAAUUUAGUGACUUCAGCAGACUUCAAACUGCCUUCCCCUACCUCUCCACUUUCCCCACACUCUAAUAAAUCCUCACCAAGAUAUUCUAAGUCUCUAAUGGAGACUUAUGUGGUUAUUACAUUGCCCUCUGAACCUGGGACUCCAACAGAUUCUUCUGCUGCUCAAGCCAUUACCAGUUGGCCCUUGGGAUCACCCCCAAAAGAUCUGGUUUCCCUGGAAACAGUGUUUUCUGUAGUUCCUCCUGUGACAGCUACAGAAAUUCCAAGUUCUUCACAGCCAACCCUGUAUGCACCAGGAGCUUUGGAGACAUAUUCCAUCCCUGUUGUAACUCCAUCUCUAUUUCAAGGAACUCCCACUUCACUUACACAGUUUCUUCCUACAGAAGCUUCAAAAACAGAGGUUUCUGCAACCAGAAGUGUAGCCCCAAGUGUGGCUCCCAGAAGCGUUUCCAUACCCAUUCCUCCAGAGCCUCUUGCUCUGGACAGACAUCAGUACAAGGAAAAUGGAAAGUUACAGCUUAUUGGUGAUGCCAUUGAUUUACGUACAAUACCAAAAACAGAAGCUAAAGCAACUGAAAAAUGUAUGGAUCUUUCUGCUUCUGCAAUGGAUGGGAAAAGGCAAACCACAGCCACUGAAGUUUACGGGCGACAAAUUAGUGCCAUCCAACCUUCUAUCAUAAAUCUCAGUGCAUCUUCCUCAUUAGUAACUCCAGUCACCCUAGACUCUGAGACAGUGGCUGUUGUCACAUGCACAGAUACUACAAUUUACACAACAGGCACAGGAAGCAAAGUGAGCGCAGAGCAUGCAAUGAUGUCACCACUCCAGCUUACUGUGUCAAAACAUACUGAGUCACCAUACAGGAUAGCAAGUGGCCAGACAUUUCCUAUGAUCAGAGAUGAAGCUCCAAUAAAUUUAUCCCUAUGUCCUUCAGCUCAGGCAGUGACACUGGCUGUUACAAAGCCCGUCACUGUACCUCCUGUGGGUGUCACAAACGGCUGGAUUGACAGCACUAUGUCUCAGGGGGUCACGGAUGGAGAAGUGGUGGAUCUCAGCACAUCCAAGUCCCAUAGGACUGUUGUUACAAUGGACGAAUCUACUUCAAGUGUGGUGACGAAAAUAGUAGAAGACAGUGAAAAACCUGUUGACCUGACUGCAGGAAGAAGAGCUGUGUGCUGUGACAUGGUUUAUAAGCUGCCUUUUGGAAGGAGCUGCACAGCACAGCAGCCUGCAACUACCCUUCCUGAAGACCGAUUUGGUUAUAGGGAUGACCACUACCAAUAUGAUAGAUCAGGGCCAUAUGGUUACAGAGGGAUUGGUGGAAUGAAACCUUCCAUGUCUGAUACUAAUUUAGCAGAAGCUGGACAUUUUUUCUAUAAAAGUAAAAAUGCUUUUGAUUAUUCUGGAGGAGCUGAUGCAGCAGUAGAUCUAACUUCAGGGAGAGUGUCUACAGGUGAGGUAAUGGAUUACUCAAGCAAGACUACAGGUCCCUACCCAGAAACACGCCAAGUCAUUUCAGGAGUUGGGAUUAGUACCCCACAGUAUGCCACAGCAAGAAUGACUCCACCUCCAGGACCCCAGUAUUGUGUGGGAAGUGUUUUGAGGUCAUCUAAUGGUGUUGUCUAUUCUUCAGUAGCAACUCCAAUCCCCUCCACAUUUGCUAUCACCACUCAACCUGGCUCCAUUUUCAGCACCACGGUCAGGGAUUUAUCUGGUAUUCAUACAACAGAUGCACUGACGUCAUUGUCAGCCCUGCAUCAAAGCCAGCCAAUGCCUCGAUCCUACUUCAUAACAACAGGUGCAUCAGAAACAGACAUCGCAGUAACCAGUAUUGACAUCAAUGCCAGUCUGCAAACUAUUACUAUGGAAACUGUUCCUGCUGAGACGAUGGACUCUGCUCCAGCUUUAACCACAGCAUCGGAAAUGCUUCCUGAGGUGGGAGGAGAGGAAAGCACUCUUUUGAUUGUGUCUGAUGAAGAUAAACAACAACAGCAACUUGACUUGGAGCGAGAGCUCCUGGAACUGGAGAAAAUUAAGCAACAACGCUUUGCUGAGGAACUGGAGUGGGAACGUCAGGAGAUUCAGAGGUUCCGAGAACAAGAAAAGAUCAUGGUUCAAAAGAAGCUGGAGGAGCUGCAGUCUAUGAAACAGCACCUCCUGUUUCAGCAAGAAGAGGAGCGGCAGGCCCAGUUCAUGAUGAGGCAGGAGACACUAGCUCAGCAGCAGUUACAGCUUGAGCAGAUCCAACAGCUGCAACAACAGCUGCACCAGCAGCUGGAGGAGCAGAAACUUCGCCAGAUCUACCAGUAUAACUAUGACCCCUCUGGAAAUGCUUCUCCCCAAACCACCACUGAACAGGCAAUUUUGGAGGGUCAAUAUGCUGCUCCAGAGGGCAGUCAGUUUUGGGCCACUGAAGAUGCCACCACUACAGCUUCUACUGUGGUGGCCAUUGAAAUACCACAGAGCCAAGGAUGGUAUACUGUUCAGUCUGAUGGGGUGACUCAGUACAUUGCCCCACCUGGCAUCUUGAGCACUGUUUCAGAGAUACCUCUGACAGAUGUUGUUGUAAAAGAGGAGAAACCACCCAAAAAGAGAAGUUCUGGAGCUAAAGUUCGGGGGCAGUAUGAUGAGAUGGGGGAAAGCGUGGCAGACGACCCACGGAAUUUAAAAAAGAUAGUGGACAGUGGUGUACAAACUGAUGAUGAGGAAACUGCUGAUCGGAGCUACUCAAGUAGGAGGCGAAGAACUAAAAAGAGCGUUGACACCAGUGUCCAAACAGAUGAUGAAGAUCAGGAUGAAUGGGAUGUGCCUUCUAGGUCAAGGAGGAAAGCACGUCCGGGGAAAUAUGGAGACAGCACCACGGAGGGUGACAAGACCAAACCCGUUUCCAAAGUCUCCAGUGUAGCAGUUCAGACAGUCGCAGAGAUAUCUGUGCAAACUGAACCAGUGGGAACCAUACGGACACCUUCCAUACGAGCACGAGUGGAUGCCAAGGUAGAAAUAAUUAAACACAUUUCAGCACCUGAAAAGACUUACAAAGGGGGCAGUUUAGGAUGUCAAACAGAAACAGAUUCAGACACACAGAGCCCUCCAUACUUGGGUGCCACCUCUCCACCCAAAGACAAGAAGCGCCCGACACCUUUAGAGAUUGGUUAUCCAUCAUCUCACCUGCGGGCAGACAGCACAGUGCAGCUGGCUCCUUCCCCACCCAAAUCUCCAAAAGUCCUUUACUCACCCAUCUCACCACUUCCACCGGGCAAGGCGUUAGAGUCAGCCUUUGUACCUUAUGAAAAGCCCCUCCCUGAUGACCUAAGUCCACAGAAAGUACUACAUCCAGAUAUGGCUAAAGGUCCCCCAGCAAGUCCUAAGACAGCCAAGAUGAUGCAGCGUUCUAUGUCUGACCCCAAGCCUCUGAGUCCAACAGCAGAUGAAAGUUCCAGGGCUCCUUUUCAGUGUCCUGAGGGCUUCACGACUAAAGGUUCCCAAACCACAACCGCCUCUGGGUCCCAGAAAAAAGUGAAGAGAACAUUGCCAAAUCCCCCUCCUGAGGAGUUGUCCACCGGAACACAGCCGACAUACAGCACAAUGGGCACUGCAUCCAGGAGAAGAAUGUGCAGAACUAAUACCAUGGCUCGAGCCAAGAUUCUCCAGGACAUAGACCGAGAGCUUGACCUCGUGGAAAGGGAGUCUGCCAAGCUUAGAAAGAAGCAAGCAGAACUUGAUGAAGAAGAAAAGGAGAUUGAUGCCAAGCUGCGGUAUCUGGAAAUGGGAAUCAACAGGAGAAAAGAAGCAUUACUGAAGGAGAGAGAAAAGAGAGAGCGUGCUUAUCUGCAGGGGGUAGCUGAGGACCGCGAUUACAUGUCUGACAGUGAGGUCAGCAGCACCAGACCAAGCCGAAUAGAAAGUCAGCAUGGCAUUGAGCGACCAAGGACAGCUCCCCAAACUGAAUUCAGCCAGUUCAUACCACCACCAACGCAAACUGAAGCUCAGCUGGUUCCUCCAACCAGUCCUUACACACAGUACCAGUACUCAUCGCCUGCUCUUCCCACCCAAGCACCCACCCCAUAUACUCAACAAUCUCAUUUCCAACAGCAGACAUUGUACCAUCAGCAAGUCUCACCUUACCAGACUCAACCAACCUUCCAAGCGGUGGCAACCAUGUCCUUCACACCUCAAGCUCAACCUACUCCGAGCCCACAAACAUCUUAUCAGUUACCAUCACAGAUGAUGGUGAUACAACAGAAGCCUCGGCAAACAACGCUGUAUUUGGAACCCAAGAUAACUUCCAACUAUGAAGUGAUUCGCAACCAGCCCCUGAUGAUUGCUCCUGUUUCCUCUGAUAAUACGUAUGCUGUCUCUCAUCUCGGGAGCAAGUACAAUAGUUUGGAUUUGAGAAUAGGUUUGGAGGAAAGAAGCAGCAUGGUGAGCAGUCCAAUAUCGAGCAUAUCUGCAGACUCUUUCUAUGCAGACAUUGACCACCACACUUCAAGGAAUUAUGUCCUAAUAGAUGACAUUGGAGAGAUCACCAAAGGGACAGCAGCACUGAGCACAGCAUUUAGUCUUCAUGAAAAGGAUCUGUCCAAAACAGACCGUCUCCUUAGAACCACUGAGACACGGAGGUCUCAGGAAGUGACAGAUUUCCUAGCACCUUUGCAGACUUCCUCAAGAUUGCAUAGCUAUGUGAAAGCAGAGGAGGACCCGAUGGAGGACCCUUAUGAGUUAAAGCUUCUGAAACAGCAGAUUAAGCAAGAAUUCCGUAGAGGAACAGAGAGCCUAGAUCACCUAGCUGGUCUUUCACAUUAUUACCAUGCUGAUACUAGCUAUAGACACUUUCCCAAGUCUGAGAAGUAUAGCAUCAGUAGACUUACCCUUGAAAAGCAAGCAGCCAAACAAUUACCAGCAGCCAUACUUUACCAAAAGCAAUCAAAGCAUAAGAAAUCAUUAAUUGACCCUAAAAUGUCAAAGUUUUCACCUAUUCAAGAAAGUAGAGACCUUGAACCUGAUUAUCCAAGUUAUAUGGGUUCCAGCACUUCAUCUAUUGGUGGCAUUUCUUCUAGGGCAAGGCUUCUUCAAGAUGAUAUAACAUUUGGCCUCAGAAAAAAUAUUACAGAUCAACAAAAAUUUAUGGGCUCAUCACUUGGGUCAGGACUGGGCACUUUAGGAAAUCCCAUCAGGUCAGCACUCCAGGAUGAAGCAGAUAAGCCAUACAGCAGUGGGAGCAGGUCCAGGCCUUCCUCUAGACCUUCGUCUGUCUAUGGUCUUGAUUUAUCCAUUAAGAGGGAAUCUUCCAGCUCAUCACUAAGACUGAAAGCUCAAGAGGCUGAAGCUCUUGACGUCUCCUUUGGCCAUUCAUCAUCUUCUUCCAGAACUAAGCCCACCAGCUUACCAAUCAGCCAAAGCAGAGGAAGAAUACCAAUUGUGGCCCAGAAUUCAGAAGAAGAAAGUCCACUCAGUCCUGUUGGCCAACCAAUGGGAAUGGCCAGGGCAGCAGCUGGACCUUUGCCCCCCAUAUCUGCAGACACAAGGGAUCAGUUUGGAUCAAGUCACUCAUUGCCCGAAGUUCAGCAGCACAUGAGAGAAGAGUCACGGACACGGGGGUAUGACCGUGACAUAGCGUUCAUCAUGGAUGACUUCCAACAUGCUAUGUCUGACAGUGAAGUUGCGGUUGCAAUGUAUGAUGUUUCCUUGGUCUCCAAAGCCUAUCACUUACGUCGGGAGGAAACGGAUUGGUUUGAUAAACCCAGGGAUUCUCGGUUAGAAAAUGGCCAUGGUCUGGACCGGAAACUGCCAGAAAGAUUGGUUCACUCUAGACCCCUCAGUCAACAUCAAGAGCAAAUUCUGCAGAUGAAUGGCAAGACAAUGCACUACAUCUUUCCUCAUGCAAGGAUAAAAAUAACCAGAGACUCUAAGGACCACACAGUUUCAGGUAACGGGCUAGGAAUUAGAAUUGUUGGUGGUAAAGAAAUCCCUGGACAUAGUGGAGAAAUUGGAGCCUAUAUUGCUAAGAUUCUUCCUGGUGGAAGUGCGGAACACACGGGAAAACUUGUAGAAGGGAUGCAAGUGUUGGAAUGGAAUGGGAUCCCCUUAACUUCUAAAACAUAUGAAGAAGUACAGAGCAUCAUUAACCAGCAAAGUGGGGAAGCAGAAAUAUGUGUAAGACUGGACCUCAAUAUGUUGUCAGAUUCUGAAAAUCCCCAGCACCUGGAACUUCAUGACCCACCAAAAACUGUGGAUAAGGCAAAGUCCCCAGGGGUUGAUCCCAAGCAGUUGGCGGCUGAGCUGCAGAAGGUCUCACUCCAGCAGUCACCACUGGUCAUGUCGUCAGUCGUGGAGAAAGGAUCUCAUGCUCACUCAGGUCCCACAUCAGCAGGAUCCAGUUCUGUUCCCAGCCCUGGGCAGCCAGGAUCACCCUCUGUGAGCAAAAAGAAGCAUGGCAGCAGCAAGCCUACUGAUGCAACAAAGGUUGCCUCUCAUCCAAUUACAGGAGAAAUUCAGCUUCAAAUCAACUAUGACCUUGGAAAUCUUAUAAUACAUAUUCUUCAAGCAAGAAAUCUUGUCCCUAGAGACAACAAUGGAUACUCUGACCCUUUUGUUAAGGUGUACCUACUUCCAGGGCGAGGUCAAGUCAUGGUUGUCCAGAAUGCAAGUGCUGAGCACAAGAGAAGAACUAAAUAUGUCCAGAAAAGUCUUAAUCCUGAGUGGAAUCAGACAGUAAUUUAUAAAAGUAUUUCCAUGGAGCAGCUCAUGAAGAAGACAUUGGAGGUGACAGUUUGGGAUUAUGAUAGAUUCUCUUCCAACGACUUCCUUGGAGAGGUACUGAUUGAUCUAUCUAGCACAUCUUACCUGGACAACACUCCUCGGUGGUACCCGCUGAAAGAACAGACCGAGAGCAUUGACCACGGCAAGUGUCAUUCCAGUCAGAGCAGCCAGCAGUCCUCAAAGCCCUCUGUGAGCAAAAGCAGAAGCCAUGGCAUCUUCCCUGACCCAUCCAAGGACAUGCAAGUGCCCACCAUUGAGAAAUCCCACAGUAGUCCUGGUAGCUCAAAAUCAUCAUCAGAAGGCCAUCUCCGAUCUCAUGGACCAUCUCGUAGUCAAAGCAAAACCAGUGUCACGCAAGCCCACCUGGAAGAUGCAGGAGCUGCCAUAGCUGCGGCCGAAGCCGCCGUGCAACAGCUCCGCAUUCAACCAACCAAUGGCAACCAAGACCAAAGCCAGCUAGCCCUCAGGAAGGUGAUGUCUGAUGGACCAGUCAAAGCAGAAGGAGCAAAGCCCGCCAAUCACCGGCCUGCAGAGAGCUCCGUGUCCACUGGCUCCUCCGGCAGCAGCGCUGGCAGUGGCUAUAGCGUGGAGAGUGAAGGAAGCGGCAGCCUGGCAGGGGAGACUAAUCUGCUUCCCAUCCCAAGGAUAGGGAAGAUGGGACAGAAUGGACAAGACCCUGUGAAACAGUCAGGAAUGGGAGUGACAGACACAGAAGCAAAAACUCAAGUAAUGGGAGAAAUCAAGCUGGCACUGAAAAAGGAAAUGAAGACAGACGGUGAACAACUGAUAGUUGAAAUUCUCCAGUGCAGAAAUAUUACCUACAAAUUUAAGUCUCCGGAUCAUUUACCAGAUUUAUAUGUGAAAGUAUAUGUGAUAAACAUCUCUACUCAAAAAAAGGUUGUCAAGAAGAAAACAAGGGUUUGCAGACACGAUCGAGAACCUUCCUUCAAUGAAACUUUUAGAUUCAGCCUCAGUCCUGCAGGCCAUUCCCUUCAGAUUUUACUUUUCUCCAAUGGAGGGAAGUUUAUGAAGAAGACUUUGAUUGGAGAAGCCUGUAUCUGGCUUGACAAAGUAGACCUGAGGAAAAGACUAGUCAACUGGCACAAACUUUUGGUCAGUCCUACUCAAACACAUUGAAGAUGUGUCUACUCAGGGUGAGGAACCAGAGCUACAGAGCCUCAGAUCGACUGUACAUUUUCAGGAGCCAACAUGGGAUAGGAAACAAGAAGCAGAGACCACAUUGGUGUGGAAUACAAAAUGACUCAACAAGUUCACAUAUUGAAAGCAAACAGAUGAAAAUCAGCCAGAGACACUGGAUUACUCAAAGCUGUGAUUAGAAACUGUGAAAGGAAAUUUGACUUUUUAAGGGAGAAGUCUUGGAGCAGACUGAGCUAGAGCAGAUGAAAAAGGCACAAAGAUUUUAUGGUGGUUGAGGCAGAGUGAAAGCUUUGUUGGAAAGGACAGGUGGAGUGAAUCUUGGUUUGAAAAGCUCAAAACUCCUGUCUUAUAUUCUUGUAAAACUUUCUGCUUUGGAAUUCUGACAUAAGAUUCAUCUAUGAGUUUUCUACAGGACCAGAAGGUGACUGUGUUUGUGAGAAGAAGUAAGCAAGAGUUAUAAACAAUGGAUUUUAGAUUGAACUGUGCAUGUUUUCCCCGUGUCUACGUUAGAAAGUUAUACAGCAGUAGGUCUGAAUUCUAUGUGAUAAAAGCACAUCUGUUUUUGGGUAAUUGAAAACAAUAAAGAGUAAAGAUAAUAGUAGGUUAAAAUUCAAUUGUAUUUACCUAGAAAUAAAACAAAAACUAGUGACUAGAUAUUAAAGAAGAAUGCUGACCCACAAAAUAUGUACCUUGGUUGAAAACAUUAAAAUCUCUGUAAUGCACCAUGAAGUCAAGGCAUUCUCAACCGUACACAUCAAGGCAUCUAGAUUAAUUGGUGUGUCCUGUAAAGAGGGUGGCUUAUUCAUUGAACAAUUGCCAUAAUGUGCAUCAUUCUACAUAUUUCCUUUCUCUUGGACAACGGAUUGUCAGAGACGUGAGAUUAUUGUUCUGGCAAACAAACCAUAUUUAUCUUAUGACACUGAUUAAACUGUUGUCACUUUCUGGUUUUCUGUGGUCUUUCUCUAAACUCAGUGAUGAUACAAUGAACACCUUGACCUCAACUUCAAGUCUUCUCUUCUGCUUUCUUCUUGGUGAUAAAUCAUGGUUAGAAAGCUAAUGUUGGGAGAGAGUUGGAAAAAUCAAUGUUUGAAAUUAAAAUAUAUUUGAUCGAUGUUAAUAAUAUAGACCCAAACAACCAAUGUGUGACUCAUUAAAAUGAAGCAUUCUCUCCCUGUCAAUCACUAGUGUCAAUAAAGAAAGCAACACAGUUGUGGGAAAUGCACUCAGCAGGCUCUGAAGUCCUGGCUUCUGGUCCUGAUUUUGCUACUGACCUUACACACAUAUCACCACAAAAAUGAAGAUUAAAUUCACUUUGCCCCUAAAUAAUGGUGUUUUCUUAUCCUUCUUCCCAGGAUACCAGGAUGCUUAAAUAAAGAGAUCUAUGAAAAAAGAAAGCACAUUUGCAAAUAUUGCUUUAUAUACAAACUGAGAGAUAAUUAUUGUGAAGCUUUUUAAUUCUCAAAUUUUAUAUGUGAUAAACAACUUCCAACCAAUGAUAAGCAUCAGCAUGGAUAAAAACAGUAAAUUGUUCCCAAACUCAUUUUUAUUAAAUUGUAAACUUCCAUUUAACCAGAAAAAGAUAGAACAUUAAAUUUAAGUUAUUUGUCAUACAAAGUGUACUGAAGUCCAUAGCUCUUAUCCCAUUGCCACACUCUACCCAAAAUAAACCAAAUUGCUUUGCAGAGUAUUUGAGCCUAACAAUUGUUACUUUAUUUAAUGUGAGGUUUUAGCGGGAUUACAGGAAAUCAUCUCAAAAAUAUUGGUUGGAUAUUAAAUUUUCUCAUUUUUAGGAAAAAAUAUCAUUACAUUUGAAAGUAAUGUAAAACCCUAGAAGUAAAAAAAUUCUAGUAUAUGCCAAAUUGUAUGAACUAACACUCAUUUUAAAAAAUACAAGUUCUCUUUUCUUUGUCCUAAAAUAGCAAUUCGCUCUUCCUCUAUUCUCUUCUCCCCUCAAUGCAAUACCAUUUAUGACUGAGAGUCUUUUAAAGUGAACAUGGAAAUGGGAAUUUUCAAACAUAGGACACUGCUAACAUUUUAUUUUUAGAGACUGCUACAUCUGUGGUGGUUGCCAUGGAUAUUUCCAGCAGACACUCUCACUUGAGUGUCUAUAUCAGUCACAACUGGGGAGGAAAGGUGUCUAAGAGGAUUUGUGACAUCAAGGAUCUGCCACUAGCUCUUCACAGGCAACUCUGGUUCAUCUCCUACCUGGGUCUACAGUCGAUGUUACUCCAAGGAUUCGUGAAAGGUUAUAUAGCCAGUUAGCUUCCUCCAUUCUAGCUACAACUUACAGGGUCAGAGGGACCAGCAGAGCAAGGUCAACAGGAGUAGCUUUAAGCCUGAAGUAAUGGGAGCCUUUCUGAUGCAGCUGCCCCUCCUUUCCAAGGAACUAGCAAUAGUUCUAGACCAAUCAGAUCAAUUGAGAGGGUCAAGGCCAGAGCUUCUCAUGCACCAGCAUUUCCCCUUGCAAAAGAAAAAGAUCCUGCCAGUGUGCCUGGUUCGCAGCUGACCAAGCUCCUUAGAUUGUACAGGAAUUGUUCUAUGCAACACCAAUUCUUAAAUGAAUGCACUCCCAAGGGACGCUGACUGCCCUUCUCACAAUGAAACUAUUUCUUUUUUAAUUGCAAAUAGGGCUCUUAGUGUUUUUUUUACU